GAGUAUAAACCAGGCUUGAGGCGGAACAAGCUGACAUCGCGUUCUGUCGGGCUGUCAAACCAUUCCAUGUCGUUCCAGGAGUAUUGCGCUCUUACGCAGUACAACCCUAUGAGCUAGGACUGUCACUGCUGUUUCUAAUGUCUUUGGACUAGUGUGUGCUGUGGUUCGAGCCCAUGACCCUUAAGCCGUAACAAAUGCAGAGGAAUGGAUACUAGUGUCUCUGGCAACGGUGGAAACAUGGUCGCAAGUGAUGAUGAGCAUUUGGACAGGACCGAUGGCAGUAACGCAGGGAUGGGCGCGCUUCACCAGUGCAAACUCAUCCAGAACCUGAUCGAGAUUUCCAUCUCCAGUCUGAAGGGUCUCCGGACCAAGUGCGCCACAUCUAACGACCUGACCCAACACGAGAUACGCGCUUUAGAGGUGAAGCUGGUGAAGUAUAUCAGUAAACAGUUAGAGUGGAAGCAGAGUGUUCCAGAGAGAGGUCGACCGCUGGCGCUGGACUCUUAUCCGCACCUCACAGACUGGCUCUACACCAUCAACCUCAGGCCAGAACUCAUAGAGGCAGUGCCAGUGAAACUGUCUCUGGAUGCUCUGAUGCAAAUGUCCCAUGCCCAGGUGGAGGAGACCAUGAAAAGACUGGGCUCCAACGGUGAGGAGUGUUCCCGCAUCACCGCUGCCCUCUCCUGUCUCAAGAGCGCUACUGACACAGGGGGCGAGCUCAGGAAAGAGGGUAUCCCCUGGAUUGCAGAAACCACUCAACGUGACAACAGUACCUCUUCUGUCCAGUUGGCCUGUCCUAUACGUGCACCCAGACCUUAUAGUCCCAACCUCAUCAGGCGAACACCUCUUACCCCUUCUGCUGUUCCUCCCCCUCGCUCCUGCGUCUCCGUUUCUGCCCUGCCCACUACGGACUUCCCUACAGUCGUCCACACCCGCUGUGAUGGGCUGACAAACCCCUUUCCAUCCUCCCCGCAGCUCAACCACUGCACAUCUGGGCAGCUAUCCACCCCCCCAGCUACACCACCAUCGAAACGGUAUGGCAAGCUUAUGCCCCCCCGGACCCCACCAGCGCCCCCUCGCAAGUUGCUGAACCUCCUGCCCAACAUCACUCUCACACUCAGCAAGAGCCAACUGGUCAACCGGAUAGAAGACUCCACACCCAAAAAGAGUGGGAAGAAAAACAAGCCACUUUUGAACGUGCUGGUAAACGGUGGAGGUAACGGCUGGGAGGACUCGCCCUCGUGGUCACCGCUGCUGUCCACACGUUCCCCCUGCAUACUACCAAACAACCCCACUCAUCUUGGGGACCCUACGGGGGUAAGAAAUAACGUUGCAACGCAUGGAAGCUCUCCCCUAAUAAUGAGGAAAGAUAUUGGUCUAGAUGUCACACACAGGUUUUCCACCAAGUCCUGGUUGUCUCAGACAUGCCAGGUGUGCAAGAAGAACAUGAUGUUUGGGGUUAAAUGUAAACACUGCAAGGUAAAGUGCCACAACAAAUGUACCAAAGAGGCCCCUAAGUGCAGAAUUUCAUUUGCACCAUUUCCAAACAAGAUCAGAAGAACAGAGUCAGUUCCGUCAGGUAUCAACGACAAGGUGGAGCGGCUGGUUGAGUCUCAGCAGUACGGAACAUUACCAAAGGCAAUAAAUAAAAAGGACCACCCUCCAUCACUGAGUCACCAGGAUUCCAGUAGUAACCCCUCCUCCACCACCUCCUCCACCCCAUCCUCACCUGCCCCCUUCGGUCAGAGCAACCCCCCGAGUGCCACCCCGCCACCCAACCCCUCCCCAAAGGGUCAUGUUGACAGUCGCUUUCAUUUCCCAGAUGUAUCUAAUUCUACGCAUUCAGAUGGCUGUUACAACACAGGAGAAACAGACCACGUGGAUGGUAACAUCAGCCAGCAGUCAGCAGGCCAAAGGGAAGCUGUGGAUGAGGAUUGUGAGGAAGAGCCGCAGGGGGAAGAGGACGGUCAGGAUCAGGAAGGAUCGGGAGAUGAAAGUGAAGGUGAUGAACUGGACGACCUGCCCAGCAGGGGCUACUGGAAGAACCACAUCACCCGUAAGGCUAGUCAGACCAGCGUUUACCUGCAGGAGUGGGAUGUGCCUUUCGAGCAGCUGGAGCUCGGAGAGUUGAUCGGUAAAGGCCGAUGGGGGAAGGUGUACAGGGGCCGCUGGCACGGAGAGGUAGCCGUUCGCAUGUUAGAGAUUGAUGGGAACAACCAGGAGCACCUGAAGCUGUUCAAAAAGGAGGUGAUGAACUACCGGCAAACGCGACAUGAGAAUGUGGUUCUGUUUAUGGGGGCCUGCAUGAACCCACCCCAUCUGGCCAUCAUCACCAGCUUCUGUAAGGGACGGACACUGUAUUCGGUUGUCAGAGACUCUAAACUUGAUAUCAACAAGAUAAGACAAAUCGCCCAAGAAAUCGUAAAGGGAAUGGGCUACCUCCAUGCAAAGGGAAUUGUACACAAGGAUUUGAAAUCCAAGAAUGUGUUCUACGAUUCAAACAAAGUAGUCAUUACAGAUUUUGGCCUGUUUGGGAUGUCUGGAGUGGUGCAAGAGGACAGGCGGGAAAAUGAACUGAAGCUGCCACGAGGAUGGAUCUAUUACCUUGCACCUGAGAUUGUGCAGAAGAUGGGACCAGGAAACCAAGAAGACUGUUUGCCCUUUUCAAAUGCUGCUGAUGUUUAUGCUUUUGGCACCAUCUGGUAUGAACUUCAGGCCAAAGACUGGCCCAUCACCAACCAACCAGGUGAGGCUUUGAUUUGGCUGGUGGGGAGCGGAGAAGGCAUCAGAAGGUUACUGGCCCAGAAGGGUACUAGCCUGGGCAAGGAGGUUACGGAGAUUCUGACCGCCUGCUGGUCGUUUGAGGUGGAGGACCGGCCUACAUUUACUCUCCUAUCAGACCUACUAGAGAGGCUGCCCAAGCUAAACCGCAGACUCUCACACCCUGGACACUUCUGGAAAUCUGAGGAUGCAUGGCAUCAUCACUGUCUGCGUGAGCAUUGUAGCCAGGGCCUCCGUUCUCGCUGUCCCUACAUGUACAAAUACAUAUGCUGUUUGUGCACAGCUGCAGUUGACAAUAGCUUGGCUGCUUCGUUCAAAGAAAACAACUGAAUCUAGUUUGAUUCACUGCAAAAAAUCAUUUUCUUAAUUAGUAUUUUUGUCUAUUUUCUGAAACCAUUUUUUUCUGGUCAAAACUGACCGAUUAACUGGGGGGGGGAUUAUUUUACAUGAUUUCAGGUAAAUAUAUCUUGUUUGAAGGAUGUUUAAAAAAAAAAUUAUUACUUUUUUUACUGGAAAACGACAAAAUACUGAUUGAGAAUUAUUUUUUGCAGUUUUCUAUUUAUUCAUGUUUUUUUUGUUUUUUUUUAUCUGAGCCUAUGAUAAAGACAGUGUCUUACAGAUCCUUGCGAUUGUUCACAUUCAUGUUUUUGUUUUGUUUUUUUGGCAUUACCUGGAAAUUGACAAAACUAAUUGUAGUCCAAUAUUUAGCAUCUCUAAGCCUUUUAAACUUGGGUUUAUAGGUACAUAUUGACUCAUACUUUAAUGUUUAACUAUGUAAUUCUAGCUAAACUUGAGUUUGUGAGUAAAAAAAACACCAUCGACUACUAGGAUUUCAGCACUUUAAUUCAGUUUGCAGACUUGGUGGCAUUGUUUCACAUUUCCGUUUUGUGUGCUGUGUCUCUGUGUCAAUGGAAUGAGCUCUCCCUUGCUGUCUGCUUAAGUCAAAUAGACAAGAACUGUUAUUAGUGCAAUACACAAAGCAUUGUACCCUACAGUACUUUCACAGGUAUGAACAAAAUGACCCUCCAUUUUCACAUAUGUGAAGUCUACUUUCUAAUCUGGCCACAUUCAAGAUAUUUAUCUUACAUUUUUGCUUAGAAUCAGGACUGGUUCUAACCUACUGAGCCCUACCAAGAGAGAUAAGAGAAGAGAAUAAAAAAAAAUGAAAGAUGUUUUUUGACUUAGAAGGACAAUGUUCAGGAACUUUCAAUGUUUAAUACCUCUCUUUUGAGUUUGUGUGUAUGUGAUGGUGUGUCUGAGUGAGCAUGUGAGCAAAGUUUUGAGUGAUUUAUUUUGUUAUAAACAAUGAGAGGACAUUUGAUAAAGACUGCAGUGACUGUUUCCUUUACAACAGACAACUUAAAGGAAUUUUGAAUAGAGAUCUGAUGUUUUAUUUAUUGCACAACAAAAAAUGUAUAUAUUAUUUGUAUAACAUUGUAUGUUUUCUUCAGUAUUUUAUAAAGGUACUUUUCUCCUGUUGUACAGCUCUUUAUAUACAAACAUAAAAUGUAAAUUUGUAGAACGAGAUUGUGGUUUUAAUGUUAUGUAUGAAUUCAUAUUUUUGUAAAGCUUGUGGCCACUUGUCUGUAAACACAAUGUUAUUUUAACUCUGAAAAAGCAAUAAACAUCUAAGAUUU